AUGAUGGCGUCUUCACGGAAGCUGUCACUCCCGGUGGGCAGCAAGUUCGGGCCUUUUGUUGUCGUCGCAGCAAUUACCGUAUUUGUGCAUGUAGCAAUAUACGGCCACGACAGCAAUAUUGUCAAGUCAAGGGCCUAUCUGCGCUUGUCACUCGUCCCGGGAGCCCACAACACCAUUGGUACUCUCGACGACCAAGCACGCGGCAAGAAGCGCCGCAUUCUAAAACAAGGUCUGUCUGAUGCCAAAAUCCGAACCGUGGACGUCGAACUGCGCUCUGCUGCACUGACUUUUGCUGAGGGACUGGGCGAGGAUCAUGAUCAGUUCUACACUUCCCUUGGGUCAACGAGUACGUUUGAUCUCAACCACCUGCUCAAAGGCGAAAAAGUCGACUUUGAAGUCAUGUCGCACAUCGCCCUUGGCACAUUCUACAACCUCCUUCGGCCAGCACAAAACCACUGGAUCGUGGAAUUUGUCACGGGUCAGAUGCGGCACUUCUUGUUCCUGAUGCAGCCGCCGGAACUAGAGGACAUGGGCCUCCAUCGCUUCCUCUUCCCGGAAGCCAGGCACAAAGGUCUGCGCUUCGUCCAGAAGAGCCGUGAGAUUAUGGAGGCGCGGCGGGCGAGGUGUGAUAAGGAUGCUCCCGGGUUGAUUGAGCCUCCCCCACCUGGAGGUCCAUUGGAGAUCCGCAACGGGAGAUGGUUAGGUAGGUGGCGGAAACGACAGCACCAGGAGCAGCAGACGGAUUUGUUUGUCCCGAUGGGGUUGGAAGCAGCGACGGGAAUCUACGCGCUCAACCACAGCGCGGCGCAUUUCCCGGACCCGAUGACGUACCGACCCGAGCGGUGA